CAGAAGGAGUUGCAACAAUGAGGCUUUCCCCGGUCCUGGUUUGGAUUCUUUUCCCAGGCUGCUGGGCGGUGACGGGCCCUGGGUCAGUGCAUGGGCUCCCAGGCGGGUCGGUGGCUGUGUGGUGCCAGUAUGAGAGAGGCUACGAGGAUUAUCUGAAAUUCUGGUGCCGGGCAGGAGGAGGUUUGGUAGAAGGUUUGGUAGGAGGUUGGUUCUGUUCCAACGGUCACAUCGUUGAGACCGAUGGGUCGGAGGCGGAGGUGACGCGGGGCAGAGUCUCCAUCCGAGACAAUCACACCCAGCGCGUGUUCACUGUGACCCUGGAGAACCUGACACGGGCAGACGCCGGCACGUACCACUGCGGGGUAGUGAGAACUGGGCUUCUUGAUCUCAGGGACACUGUGGAAGUCACCGUCUCCGCAGCCAUCCACACCUCCACCUCCACUGGAAGGCCCCCAGUGACAACAGAGCAGCCCAGCGGGGCUGCUUCCACAUCCAUUACACUAUCUAUAAGCAGCAACGACACUCAUGCACUAUCCCAGCUCAGCAAUGUCCAUUUCUUGCUCCUGGUCAUCUGGAAAGUCCCCAUCUUUCUGUGCAUCAUCUGGGUGAACAUCCGGUACAGGAAGAACUCCAGGGAGAUGCCAGACAGACCUGCUCCUUCCUAGUUUAGGAAUGGAUCAGAACCAGCAGAAGAAAGAUUGAGCUCCCAGCUCUGCACAGCAGCUACUCCCACCUAGAGCCCACAUGGAUCUGUGUAAAUGAAAUCCUGUAACAGUCAGCCCUGCAG